UGGACGUUUUUUAGUCCUUUUUCCUUGUCUGUUUCUCAUGUUCCUUUCUUCUUCUUAUAGAAAGAGAGAGAGAAGAAUAGGUUCAAAAUCAAAAUUAUUAGUACUUCUUUCUCUCUGAAAACUCAAAUUUAGGGUUCGUCAAGAUUAUCAGUUGUUAGUAGUCAUGGGGCGUCAACAGGAGAAUUUGGAUAAGAUGAAGGUUCGUCAGGAUUAUAGAAAUCUAUGGCAUACUGAUCUUAUGAGCACUAUUCAAGCUGAUACUCCUUAUUGUUGUAUGGCGUUGUGGUGUGGACCAUGUGUAUCCUACAUGCUUCGGAAACGAGCUAUUUACAAUGACAUGAGAAGGUAUGUUUGCUGUGCUGGUUAUCUCCCAUGCAGUGGUAGAUGUGGAGAAAGUAAGUGCCCUGAGUUUUGCCUUGCUACUGAGGUUUGCCUUUGUUUUGGAAAUUCAGUUGCAUCCACCCGUUUUCUAUUGCAAGACGAGUUCAAUAUACAGACAACACAAUGUGAUAAUUGCAUUAUUGGGUUCAUGUUCUGUCUUCAACAAGUUGCCUGCAUAUUUUCCAUUGUUGCAAUGAUUGUUGGAAGUGAGGAAAUAUCAGAAGCUUCUCAGAUAUUAUCCUGCCUGUCUGAUCUCGUCUAUUGCUCGGUUUGUGCUUGUAUGCAGACACAACACAAGAUUGAAAUGGACAAAAGGGAUGGAGUCUUUGGACCUCAAGUGAUGGGAGUACCUCCUGUUCAAAAUAUGUCGCGCAUUGACCAGCCAGUUCCUCCACAUGUUGGAUACCCACCACAGCAAGGAUAUGGAUACCCACCACCCCAGCCUCAGGGUUACCCACCUGCUGGUUAUCCCCCACAAGGAUACCCUCCAGCUGGCUACCCACCUGCUGGUUACCCACCAGCAGGUUAUCCUCCAAAGUAAGAUAUGCGCCACAGAUUUCUUUCUCCUAUUGAAAUGGGGGUUUUCUUCCAUUUUUGUUCUCUCUGUUACAUGAUUUGAUGGACGGACGGCUUUAGUAGACUGCUGGUUUUGUGAGACCUCACAGUUAUCUAGUGUUUAUAAUGGUUCGGUGGUUUUACCAUUUCUAUAUUGAGACUGAAGAACAAAUUAUAGUUUUAUGUUCCGUAUCAUUGUCAAUGACAUAUUGCAGUUUGUACAUCUCUCAGAAUGGUUUUCGU